UUCAAAUACGACGGCAUUAUAGUCAUCGUAACGGUUCUUUAGUAGCGACUCAAGAACAAAAAAUUGCAUUUUUCGCUAAUAUAUUGUGUUGGUAAUGCAGUGUUAUCUGGCACAAUAAAACGAGAUACAUAUUUGGAAUCUCUCCACAUUUUGCAGUAUACAGUCGAAUCACAUUGCACAUUCAUUCAUUAAAUACUCGAAACAGCAAAACAACCACCGCAUAUGGAAAGAAAUAUAAAAACAAAUAAUUUGCACCGCUCCAAAGAAAACUUGGUAAAUGUCAGAAAAGUGAAACAGCCGAGGAGUAACUUGGUCUAAACAAAAGUGAGCGACAAAAACUGAGCAGUGCAACAACAACUCGUAAGAGGAAAGUAUCUCAGAGAUACAAAUGAAAAAUCUCAUUAUUGUGUGAAACAAAAUUUAAAUCUAACAUUCAAAAUAGUUCAGUUCAGUUGGAAAGCUGCUCUAAGCAAUGCCUAACAUCGAAUAUUAAAAUGUAAGGCACGGUAAUAAAAUAAAAUAUACAUAUAUGUAUAUAAAAUAAAAAUUGAAUUUUAAGGAGGAGUAUCUCAGAAUCGUGAAAGAAACAGAAAUCAAAACUUCAAAAACAUAUUUUUAAACUUCAUUAAACGUGUGCAAAUCAAAAACCCAAAAAGUAUCUAGCAAAUAAAUGUGUGUCGAAACUGAGCAAUGCUAAUUUGGGUAUUAUUCGAAAACAGAUACGAAAACAAAAGCAUAAUUAAUUAAUUCGGUAAACAAAAAUUCGUUAAAAGUGAUCAAUAAAUUAAAAAACAUGUAAUGAUUUGUGGAAAUAAAUUGGUCAGCAGUUGCACAAAGUGAAGCAAAGUGAGGUGAAAUAUCAUAAGCAAACUGCAGACGAAAUCAUAACUGAUUCCCAAAGAGAAAAAUAUAAAAUCGUUUUAUGAUAAUUUUGGGCAGUUCAAAUUAUACGAAUUAAAUAUGGAAACCAUCAGAGGAAACGAAAACAACGACGAAGCAAGCAACAAACGCUGUUCAGGAAAUCCUAACCUUUAAAAAAAAAAACUAUAAAAAAUAAAUAAAAUCGAUUUUCACAGUUCAAACAAAAAACACAAACAUUUUGUGGAAAUUCGCCAUGAAAUUCUGAAAAGGAUAACCUACAAAUAGUGCAAAACGCUUUGUUCACAACUAGGGAUGCAUUUAUCGAUACGAAAAGAUAUGAAUGCUAUCGGCAUUUUCAGAAUGCUAUCGACAACGAAUUAGCCAAUAGACUGCAAUGAGUAUGAGAGGUCGUAGAAUACCAAUACCGUUACCCAACACAGGCACAAUGCAUCGGAAACGCAAUACGUAUUACAUGCGUGGUAUUAUACUCCUAGCACUCGGUAUAUUUCUGCUGCUACAGCUACAUGUAUUUAACUACGCAGAUGUACGCACUCCCAUAUGGACCGAACCAACAACGAAUGACUCAGUCGAUGCUAUACUUUCUAUGGUGCCAUCGGUGUUACACAAAUUCUUAACACCAAAGACAAGAAAUCAAACAUUGACCACUAGUUCGGCAUUACAUAAUAGCACAACUGGUGGAACUACAAACGGUAGUGGGAGCUACUCGGACAGCUAUCAUGCACCCAAUUUAACUGAAAUUAAACGUCAAAUUGCACGCCAUAAUGAGAUGCAGUUUGUUUUAAAUGAGGAAGCUUUUGGACCCUUACAAAAUGAUUCUGUGAUAAUUGUAAUACAGGUACAUACACGUAUUACAUACCUACGCCAUUUAAUUGUAAGCCUAGCACAGGCUAGAGAUAUCUCGAAAACUUUACUAAUAUUUUCGCAUGACUACUAUGACGAGGAUAUAAACGAUUUGGUACAAACUAUUGACUUUUGUAAAGUUUUGCAGAUAUUCUACCCGCACUCUAUACAAACCCAUCCACACGAAUUUCCAGGCACAGACCCUGAAGACUGCCCCAGCAGCAUGAAAAAGGAACAAGCGCUAAUAAAACGUUGUAAAAAUGCAUUAUCACCUGAUUUAUAUGGACACUACAGAGAAGCCAAGCUAACACAAAUUAAACAUCACUGGUGGUGGAAAGCGAACCGUGUAUUCAACCAGUUAGAAGUGACACGUUAUCACACUGGUUUGGUGCUUUUCCUUGAAGAGGAUCACUAUGUAGCCGAAGACUUUCUAUAUUUAUUGGAAAUGAUGCAGAAACGCACAACCGACAUGUGCCCUCAAUGCAAUAUACUAUCCUUAGGCACGUAUUUGAAGACCUUUAACUAUUACACAUAUAAUAGUAAGACUAACAAGAAAUCAUUUAGCAAUCAAUUCGCUUCCUCGCUGAUCUCUCCAAAUAAUUUGUUAGGAUAUCAAAAGAGUAAAAAUUCACAGCAAAAAUCAUCAAAAUCACAAAAAGUGUCAUCAUCAUCGUCCUAUUCAUCAGCUGCGAAUAGUUACAAUAAAUUGCAUAAAAGCAACACGGUCAACACGCCCAAAGCGAGGGCUGUUGUCGGUGAUACAAACACCAAUGCACACCAUUCCAUCACUACCACAACCACAGUCACAACAGAAAAAAAUGGCGCACAACAAACGUGGAGCUAUCAUGUACUACCAUCUCUGUACUCUUUCUAUCAGAAGGUUGAGAUAAUGCCCUGGAUAAGCAAUAAACAUAAUAUGGGCUUUGCAUUUAACCGCAGCACCUGGACCAAUAUUCGAAGGUGCGCAAAGCUCUUCUGCUCUUUCGAUGAUUACAAUUGGGACUGGUCUUUGCAGCAUGUGUCGCAGCAGUGUUUACAAAAGAAACUGCACGCUAUGAUCGUGAAGGGACCAAGAGUCUUCCAUAUUGGUGAAUGCGGUGUUCAUCACAAAAAGAAAAAUUGUGAAGCGAAUCAAGUGAUCUCCAAAGUACAACAAGUUCUGCGUAUUGCUCGCAAGUCAGGACAAAUGUUUCCACGUUCUCUGACAUUAACUGUUGCCAGUCUGGUUAAGAAAACUAAGCUGCGCAAAGGGAAUGGCGGUUGGGGUGAUAAAAGAGAUCAUGAACUUUGCUUGAAUAUGUCGCUACCAACGAGGUGAAUUUCUAAAACCAAAAAAUAUAUGAAAUAAGUAAAAAGUCAAAAAAUUAUUUAAUAAAAAAGUA